AAGGAAAAAUGCAGUAAGAUGCACAUAUUCUGUAUAUAUUCUAUAUUGUGCUUUGGUCUUGAGACUUGAGAACCUUUGGCUUGCAAAUUGAAUACUGUCUGAUAUCGUCACACUGACUGUUUAAUCUGAAAAAAAGUAAACGGAAAGAAUAAGAGAGAAUCCGUGGGAUGGAGUGGGUCUCUUUGUUUACAUCUUUGUCUUACAGUUUCCAGCCUGACAAAGACAGACCGCAUCAAAGCCGAGCUUGUAGAGGAAGUCAGAUGAUCGUUAGAGGAACCACCAGGAGCUCCGCCUCCUUUUGGCACCCACAGAUUCAUAUAAAUACCUCAUCGAUUCAACUCGCAAAAAAACACACUAGAGAGCACAUUGGGCAAAGAAAGACCGUCGGAAAAUAGAGCAGCUAGAGAUUACAACAUUUUAACAAAUAAACAAAAAAAAGAACAAAAUUAUGCUGUUGGAGUAUUUCCUCUUUGGGAUGAUGACCUUUCAUUUGUCAGGGGCUCAAAAUGAAGUAACUGAAGUUUUUGCUGAAGCCGGCUCUCAGGCUGUGCUGCCCUGUAAAUGUGGCCCGCCGUCCGCUCGUAUCCCCGCCAUCAUCUGGAGAAAAGACGGCAAAAGCACUGUUUGGAGAAAGCAAAAGAGUGGUCUGGAGUACUGGGGCUACGCAUGGUCUUCAAAAACCCAACGCGUUAGAUGCCCCCACACCAUGUUCGAAAGCGGCGAUUUCAGCUUGCAAAUAGACAAUGUGAAGGAGGAGGAUGGAGGAGUUUACUCUUGCAGGGUGGAACGUGGAGUCCAGGUCAUUGAAAAAACAGUCACACUCCGAAUCACUAGAGUGUCCGUCUCUUCAUCGGCUCCGAUAUGGGGGAGCGACGUUUCGAUCACCUGUAACGUGACUCCUUGGCCUCUAGAAGCUCUCGUGAGGUGGACGUUGAACGACAGUCCAUUCGAGCCUCAGAAUGGAGCCGCCUCUAACACUCGAACCGCCGCGAUGGAAAAGGCAACCGGGAGACUGACGGGAAACUGGACCUGUGUGGUGAACUACAAGGGCCAAGAGGGACGAGCUUCUGCUACUCUGAGCGUGCAGGGGGUCAUCCACCCACCCAGAGACGAUGCCAAGGUGUACGCUGCUGUGGGAUCUGCGGUCACGCUCCCUUGUGUGUUCUCCCCCGGUUUGAUCCCCUCUGAUCCGGUCUGGGAGAAACUGAAACCCGUGUUUCUUACCAAACCCGCUCCCGGUCGCCUCCCUGCCUCUUUCUCUGCCUCCGGGCCGCUCUCUCCGCUCCCCUCCGAUCAAUCGGCCAGUUUGAAGGAGGUCGGGUUGGGGGAUGAGGGCAGGUACAGAUGCUCUGGCGUGAUAAAGGGACAACGGUUGACUCGAAAUAUGCAGCUCGUCGUGGCCAAAGUUCACAGCAGCGUCCAGUCCCAGAACACAGGCUCUGUGACGCUGACCUGCCAACUGACUGACACAGGCGAGGUCACCAACUACGAAUGGGUUCAUGUGAUCUAUGACCUCAAAGGCAGCCGAUCAGUUGGGCCCAUCCUGGAGGGGAAGACUCUGAAUAUAAGCACAAUGUCCGAGGGGAACCAGGGUGAAUGGUCGUGUCGUUUCUACGGGAAGGACGGCCUUUUGGGAAAUGUGACGUACCACAUUCAGCAGAUGAGUGGUGUAAGUGGAGAAAAACCUACGAGUGUCUCACAUAACACUGCAGCUACAGUGGGUCUCAGCUUUCUCCUCCUUGUUAUGCUGUUGAUUUUGGCUCAGAUCUACAAGAACCACCAAAGGAGGAAAGGCAUCUUUCGGUACCCUGCGCUGGAGACAAUUGUUCACACCGUGUCCAAUGAGCGGGAGGAGAGAGAAAGAAACGCAGUGAAAAAGUAAAGAUAUUAAUGCGGCCAUCUC